GGGAGAAGCUCUCUCACAUCGCCGUCUGACACCUCUGAAAUAUUCCUUUAACAAUUGAGGACCUCCAUUUAAUUUACACCCAGACUGCGGCUUCUUUUUCUGUCCCCUUUUAUAUUAUUUUCUCUCCACUCCACUUCAUCUGUCUGUUAACACACCGGCUCCUUGGACUGUCUGUCAGCGGGGAAAGCAAAGAAUAAACCCGUUAAAAACACUCUAAAAUACCCACCUUCCUGCCGGACUGCCCUGUCACUGCUACAAUCAACAUGGAUGAAGACAAUCACGUUCCUGAGGAUCUGUCCCUGGAGGAGAGGGAUGAGCUUUCAAACAUCCGACGCAGGAAGAGAGAGCUGCUCGAUGAUAUUGAGAGGUUGAAGUUUGAGAUAGCAGAGGUCAUGACGGAGAUCGAGCAGCUGACGUGUGUUGGAGAAAGUAAAACGUCCCAGAGAAACAAACAAAUCGCCAUGGGCAGGAAGAAGUUCAACAUGGAUCCAAAGAAGGGAAUCCAGUUCCUGCUGGAGAACGACCUCCUCCAGCACACCCCUGAAGACAUCGCCCAGUUCCUCUACAAAGGCGAGGGCCUCAACAAGACCGUCAUCGGAGAUUACUUGGGCGAGCGGGAUGACUUCAACAUCAAGGUGCUGCAGGCUUUUGUGGAGCUGCAUGAGUUCGCAGACCUCAAUCUCGUCCAAGCACUACGGCAGUUCCUGUGGAGUUUCCGUUUGCCAGGUGAAGCCCAGAAGAUCGACCGUAUGAUGGAGGCGUUUGCCUCGCGGUACUGCCAGUGCAACCCUGGAGUCUUCCAGUCGACAGAUACCUGCUACGUGCUGUCAUUUGCUAUCAUCAUGUUGAACACCAGCCUCCAUAACCCCAACGUCAGAGACAAGCCCCCUGUGGAACGCUUCAUCUCCAUGAACAGAGGCAUCAACGAAGGAGGGGAUCUGCCAGAGGAGCUUCUCAGGAACCUUUACGACAGCAUCAAAAACGAGCCCUUCAAAAUCCCAGAAGAUGAUGGAAACGAUCUGACGCACACGUUCUUCAACCCCGACAGAGAAGGCUGGCUCUUAAAGCUCGGCGGCAGGGUGAAGACGUGGAAGAGACGGUGGUUCAUUCUGACCGACAACUGCCUCUAUUACUUUGAAUACACAACAGAUAAAGAGCCUCGUGGGAUUAUUCCUCUGGAGAACCUCAGCAUCAGAGAGGUGGACGAGCCCCGGAAACCUAACUGCUUCGAGCUAUACAACCCCAACCACAAAGGUCAGGUGAUCAAGGCCUGCAAGACGGAGGCCGACGGGCGAGUCGUCGAGGGCAACCACGUGGUGUACAGGAUAUCAGCCCCCACGCCGGAGGAGAAGGAGGAGUGGAUCAAAUCCAUCAAAGCAAGCAUCAGCAGGGAUCCUUUCUACGACAUGCUGGCCACCAGGAAGCGGAGGAUAGCCAAUAAGAAAUGAUGACCGUCCACCUCCAA